AUGCCGCUCGGACUUCAACAUGGAAGAGCGAAUUCGUUCGCAGACAAGGACUACCUAAUCUUGUCCUCUGACGUCAAGUUCUUGCGCACACUGUUCUUUCAGGCGUUGCGGGCUGAAGAGGCAGACGAGACAGUGUACAGGAAGGCGAACAAGGAGCUGAAGGAUAACCUGGAGGGCAUCCCCGGAAUCCCACAGAGCGUGAAGGAGCUCUUCCAGAUCAGUCUCAUGUACGAGCAAGAUCCGACAGAGAAGAACUUCAAGGCGAUGCAUCAGAAAGUUCUGCACAUGAGUGCUGCGGACAUAAAGAUUGCUGGCCGACUGUUCCUGGAGAUGUUGCAGCAUGCCAAUCUUGUUGAGAGGAAUCAUCGAGUGCGCAGGUGGAGAGAGUACAAGCGUGGCGACAAGACUGUGAAAUCCUCCUCUUCCCAGACUUUGCAGGAUUGCUUCAAGGAGCUCAUGGAGAAAGGCUUCACUCCUGAACAGAUCAGAGAGUCUCUGCUUCGACAGAACACAGAACUUGUGUUCACAGCCCAUCCCACUCAGGCUGCUCGAAGAAGUGUCUUGACCAAGCAUGCAACGAUUUCUCAACUUCUUGAGCUCCAUGACCGCAGCGGGCCAAAUGGAACCUCGAAGCUCACGCCGCUCCAGAGGUCUGAGAUUCUUGCUGCGUUGCAAGAGUCGUUGCUGGGUAUCUGGCGAACCAAUCCAUAUGGUCUUUCAGUUGUGGAAGAAUCCUUGUGGGAGGCUCUUCCCGACCAUUACCAUGCAGUCGAUUAUGCAUUGAAGAAGAUCGGAUGCGAACCACUUCCUAUUGACUGUUGCCUCUUGACGCUGGGGUCCUGGAUGGGAGGAGAUCGUGAUGGAAAUCCGUACGUCACAGCGGUUCUCACCAAGAGAGUCGUUUUCCUCUCCCAGUGGAGAGCAGCGCACUUGUAUUGGACUGAGGUUGAUCAACUGUUGUGGGAUUUGUCUGUCGCUGGUCCUGGAAACAAGGAGAUUCAAGAAGAGAUUGCUAGGAUUAAUGGUAUCAAGUCAAGCAACGCCAAGGGAACACUCAAAAAGAAUCAUUCCCUUACCUCCGUGCACAACCUACUGGCCCCUUUUGAUUUCUAUCGCCCUCAGCUUGAGACCGAGGAAAACUACAGACAGGUUCUCACCCACAUUCGUGCCCGUCUUGCCGCCACGGUCCGUCGCGCUACAGCUCUCUCACAGGAGCAGCCUUUCAAGCCUGAUCCAAUCAAUCAUCACUACAGCUCAACUUCUGAGCUUGCCACGGAUCUUCUCCGUAUCUAUCGGUCCCUUCACGAAUGUGGUGAUGGAAUCUUGGCAGAGGGACGCUUGAAGGAGCUUCUUUGGCGUGUCCACACUUUUGGAUUGUCACUCACUCGCCUGGACAUUCGCCAGGAAAGCACAAGGCACGCUGACGCUCUGGAUGAAGUCACAAGCUACCUUGGGUUGGGUUCAUACAGAACCUGGAGCGAGGAGACGAAAAUUCAGUGGUUGACCAACGAGUUGCACUCAAAGCGCCCAUUGAUUCCUCCUGACCUCCCUUGCUCAGCUCCCGUCAAGGAAGUCAUCGAUACCUUUAAGAUGAUAGCAGAGAUUGGCUCUGAACCUUUCGGCGCUUAUGUGAUAUCUAUGACUACGUCUGCUAGUGACGUUUUGGCUGUUCGAUUGCUUCAAAAGGAAGCUGGCAUCCAGCAACAUCUCAGAGUGGUUCCGUUGUUUGAGACCAAGUUGGAUCUGGAGAAUGCUCCUGCGUGCAUGGAGCUGCUGUUCAAGAACAGCUGGUAUCAGGCCAACCUCUCCAGCCCACCACAGGUCCCCAACAUCGGGUGGCAGCCGCAUCAGGAGGUGAUGUUGGGAUAUUCCGACUCCGCCAAGGAUGCUGGUCGUCUGGCAUCUGUGUGGGGGCUGCAUAAGGCGCAGGAAGCUCUGGUGGAGCUCAGCCACAAGUACAAGAUCAAGCUGAAUCUCUUCCAUGGUAGAGGAGGGUCAGUGGGGAGAGGAGGUGGUCCGCAAUACUUGGCCACCUUGUCACAGCCGGCUGGAUCUGUUCAAGGCUGGAUGCGUGUCACUGUGCAGGGAGAGGUUAUUGACCACUACUUUGGUCUUCCAUCAAUCGCUUCUCACACCAUGGAGAGAUACACUACUUCGGUGCUUACUGCAACCCUCACCCCUCCUAAGGCUCCUUCAGAUGACUUCCGUGAGAUCAUGCAGCGGCUGUCCGAGACGAGUUGCAACAAGUACAGGUCUCUCGUGUUUGAAGACCCGGAGUUCAUCGAGUACUUCCGUACGGCGACACCGGACUUCGAGCUCAAGGGCCUCAACCUGGGAUCUCGACCGUCCAAACGCAAGCAGGGAGGAAUAGAGUCGCUCCGAGCGAUCCCGUGGAUGUUUGCAUGGACUCAGACUAGGCUGCAGCUGCCGGUUUGGUUGGGAGUUGGAACGGCUCUGAAAGCCGAGAUUGACAACGGGAACCUCAAAACUCUUCAAGAUAUGUAUAACGACUGGCCCUUUUUCCGCUCCACGGUCGAGCUGCUUGAGAUGGUGUUGGCAAAGACUAGCAAGACCAUUGCUGAUUACUACGAGUCGCUGCUGGUUCCCGAAGAUCUCCAGAGCGUGAGCUCCAAAGUGUGGGAAGAGUUCGAGAAUACGAUGAAGAGCAUCCUUCAAGUGAUCCGGCACGAGCACAUGCUCGAGGGCGACAGCUCCUUGAGCAGCAGGCUUGCCAUCGCCACCCGCGUCCCUCUCGUCGACCCCAUCAACGUCCUGCAGGCGAACGCGCUGGUGAGGAUGAGGGCGGACGAAAACCAGCCGGACAUUCACGUGCUGCGCGAUGCCUUUGCGAUCACCGUUCAGGGAGUUGCGGCAGGAAUGGGAUGGACAGGAUGA